AUGCCCUCUGCAUCGAGUACAUCUGCACAAAUAGUGUUAACCCUCCAAUUGACAAAAGAAUUGCAGGUCAUAGACUCCAAGAAUUAUACCGUACUAGGAUCCCAAUCAAGCAAUUUUCGAAACUCGUCCUUCACCCAGUUCUUCAACCCAACGCAAUCCAGUCCUCCAUUUAUACAGGUGUUCGAUCAUGCAUUCUUUGACGUCCUUGGACCCAAUCCAAUCUUCCAAUCGAUAUCGUCAAAUACUACCAUUCCGUCAAUAACUCACGAAGCUCCCAUCUAUGUUCAAGACACGGACGAACUAUUUUUCGUAGGCUUUUUUGAGAACCAGAAUGUCGUAAAUAAGAUCAGCAUGGGUACAGUGGAAACCGCAUUAAAGACCCUACAAGGUCCUUUAAACGCGACUGCAGUCAACGUUCCAGCUACCCAGGUAAAUGUGCCAUUUUCACUUCAACAAAUUAAUGGCGGGACAGGUCCAAUUGGAUCGUCACUAUUAUUUGUAACGGAUGGAAUAGGACCACUUCCGCCAUCCGUAGUUCUCGUACACUCGAAGGAGCCAUACAACGCAACUGUCCUUCUGGACAAUUUCUAUGGACGGCAGUUCAACUCGCUGGAUGACAUCAAAAUACACCCCAUCUCAAAGGCUAUUUUCUUCACUGAUGUCUCUUUCGGCGCCUUAUUUCAACUACGCCCGCCAGCUAUGAUUCCGAACCAGGUAUACCGAUUCGAUACGACGACGGGCACAGCGCGAGUGGUUGCCACUGACUUCCAACAAUGCAACGGUAUAGCUUUCAGCCACGACGGAACAAGAGCCUAUGUCACAGAUACAGGGGCCAUCAAUGGUCCCGACAUAAACGAUCAGACCAGAACCGCUACAAUAUUCCAAUUUGAUGUGGACCCGAGAUCUCAGGUGUUCACCAACAGACGGAUAUUCGCAUACGCAGACACCGGGAUUCCAGAUGGCAUAGAGCUGGAUUCCGCCGGAAACGUCUACGCUGCAUGCGGAGAUGGCGUAAACGUUUGGUCUCCCGACGGCAUUCUGCUAGGCAAGUUUUUCACGGGUGGAACCGUAUCCAACAUGGCGUUUGCCGGGGACGGGCGGCUGGUUCUUCUAGGCCGCACGAACAUUUAUCUAGCGAAGAUAGCAGCGAAAGGCCAACAGCUUGCCUUCACUCCACAUACAUAA